CCGCGCCGCCGUGCCGCGACUGCGCUCCGGAUGGAGCCCGUGUCAGCUGUACCGGUACCGCGGAACCGCCGCUCCGCCCAACGGCACCGGGCCGUGCACCCGAGGGUGGCACUACGCGAUGCCCGCCGCCGGGCUGCGUUCCAAUCUGGUCACGGAGUGGGACCUGGUGUGUGCCGCACGCUGGAAGGUGCCCCUGGAGCAAACCACGCACCUGCUGGGCUGGGCGCUGGGCAGCAUCGCUGCAGGCAUGGCCUGCGACAGGUUUGGCCGCCGUCCCACCUUCCUGGUGUCCCUGGGGCUGGCGGUGCCGCUGGGGCUCAGCGUGGCGUUGGCCAUCGACUUUGUCAUGGUGCUGGUGGCACGGCUGCUCUUUGGGGCUGCGCUGGCCGGAGCCUUCCUAUCCCUCUACGUGGCACGGCUGGAGCUGUGUGACCCCCCGCACCGGCUGGAGGUGACGAUGAUCGCCGGCUUCUCCUGGCUGGCGGGAGAACUGCUGCUGCCGGGGCUGGCGGUGCUGUGCCGGGACUGGCGGGUGCUGCAGGGCGCCGUGACGGCCGUGCUGGCGCUGCUGGCAGCGUGUUGGUGGUGCCCGGCGCUGCUGCUGGAGUCCCCGCGCUGGCUGUUGGCCACGCAGCAGCUGGAACGGGCCAGGAAGACGCUGCGGGCGCUGGCGGGGAGCGGCGGGUGCGGGGCCGAGGAGCGGAGCAGCACCAUGGCGGAGCUGGAGGCGCUGGCAGAGCAGUGCCCGCAGCCCCACUACCACAGUGUGUGCGAGAUCUUCGGCACCAGGGUCAUCUGGAAGAACGCCGUCAUCCUCGGCUUCACCGCGUUCAUCGGCUCUGGCAUCCGGCACUGCUUCACCCGCAAUCUGGCCCCGCACCUCCCGCGUUUCCUGCCCGCGUACUUCGCGCUGCGGGGCCCCGAAGCGGCCGCGUGCCUUUUCCUCUGCGUCACCGCGGAGCGCUGCGGGCGUCGCGCUGUGCUGCUGCUGUGCACUGUGCUGACCGGCACCGCCUCGCUGCUGCUGCUGGCGCUCACCCAAUACCUCCUGGAGCUCAUCGUGCUGAUGCUGUCCGUGCUGGGGGUCACCGCUUCGCACGCCGUCACCAUGCUCAGCAUCUUCUUCGCCAGCGAGGUGCUGCCCACCGUGGUCAGAGGCGCGGGGCUGGGCCUGGUUGUGGGGGCCAACCUGGUGGGCUCCGCGGCCGCCCCCAUCGCCGCCGUCGCCAGCAGCCGCGGAUUCUUCCUGCACCACCUGGUGUUCGCCUCCUUCGCCAUCCUGGCGGUGCUCAGCAUCAUGCUGCUGCCCGAGAGCCAGGGCCGCCGCCUGCCCCAUUCCCUGCAGGAGGGCGAGAACCAGCGCCGGCCCCCCCUCUUCCGCCGUCCCCCCCGCGAGGACCACCUCCCCCUGCUCGCCCCCCGCGGCAUUCCCCACGACUAUUCCCGCAUCGUCCCCUCUGCCCAAAGGGCGCUGGGAUCGGGCCGCGGCCCCGCGAGUCCCCCUACGCAGACGUAGCCACGGCUCCCAGGGGGCUUCCCAAUGCUACUUGGCCGCGAGGCGGGGAGGAGGCAAGCCCAGCGAUGGGUGCACGCAGAGACCCCUCCCCCAGUGGCCAAGCGCAGCUCUGAGCCCCCCCGCUUCUCCGAGCCCCCCAUCCCCGUGUGGCCCUGGGGCUGCGAAAGAGCUGCGUGCCCCCCGGCCCCCACAUCGCUGGGCCGGAUCCUGCCCCGGGAGGAGCGCUGCUGGGAGUCCUGGGGCGGGGGUGAUGCCCAGGUGAGGGGGGGU